AUGGGCGAGUCGCGACAGGAACUCGUGCAAUGGCUGAACAGCCUAUUGCAGCUCAACAUUACCAAGGUUGAGCAGUGCGGAACUGGUGCCGCUCUUUGCCAGGUCUUUGACAGCAUUUUCCUCGAUGUCCCCAUGUCGCGCGUCAAAUUCAACGUCAACAGCGAAUAUGCAUACAUACAGAAUUUCAAAGUCUUGCAAAACACGUUUGCCAAGCACCAAGUCGACAAACCCAUCCCCGUCGCAGGCCUCGUCAAGUGCAAGAUGCAGGACAACCUCGAGUUCCUGCAGUGGGUCAAGCGCUUCUGGGACCAGUACUACCCGGGCGGCGAGUACGACGCCGUCGCGAGGCGGAAGGGCGCUCCCCUCGGCGCGGCGGGCGGCGGUGGCGGUGCUGCUGCUGCUCGCGCUCCGACGGCAGGGGGCGCGGCCAGGAGAGCGGGCGGCACGACGCCGACGACGGGCGGUGCCCGGGCCGGACUGGGCGUCUCCAAGGCCAACCCUGCGCUGGCCCAGGAGAACGCGACACUCAAGGAGACCGUGGUCGGGCUGGAGCGCGAACGCGACUUUUACUUCAGCAAGCUGAGGGACAUUGAGCUGCUGGUUCAGAACGCGGUCGAGGAGGACCCCGAGAUCGAGAAGCAGGAGGACGGGCUCGUCAAGCAGAUCCAGGCCAUUCUGUACAGCACGGAGGAGGGCUUUGAAAUCCCGGCAGAGGGCGAAGUUGACGACCAGGAGACGUUCUGA